CCAUUGAAUAACAAUACCAUCUUCUCUUGAGAGUUAACUCUUAAACCAUCAAACUGCAAACAUGCAAAUAUAGACAUUGACACAACACACAGAAAUCAAAUUACCCAACAAAAAAAUUAAAAGAGAGACAAAAUAGUAAUUUAGCAAAAAGGAAAAAUGAAGGUGAUGGUAGCACUAGAUGAAAGUAAGAGGAGUCUCUACGCUUUAAACUGGGUUCUUUCCAAUGUAAUAAAGCCUGUUGGUCAAGAAGAGGAACAGAGUGAUAGCUUUGUGUGCCUGCUUCAUGUCAAUCUUCCUUUUCAGACUUAUGUUUAUCCUGCUGGACCUGUUAUUUAUACUACACCUUCAGUCGUGGACUCUGUUAGGCAAGCACAAGAGCAAAUAUCUGCCGGUAUUUUCGCUCGGGCUAUAAGAUGUUGUGAAGAAAAGAAGAUCAAAACCGAAGCAGUGUCUCUUCGAGGGGAUCCCAAGGAGGUAAUUUGUCAAGCUAUUGAGGAAAGACAUGUUGACCUCUUGGUUGUGGGUAGUCGUGGUCUUGGCAUGCUGAAAAGACAGGAUGAGAGAGCUAAGAGUUGAUAAAACGAAACGGGCGGGGCCCCAGUUUCUUUGAUUAGAUUGGACCAUUAAUGGGCAAUGCUCAAAUAAUGUUCUCUUGAGAAUUGAUGCCCUGAUUGAUGGGAAGGAGGAGAUCCAGUGGCUAGUAACAAAAACACGAUCCAGUUUGCUCUUCGAUUGGCCACGAAACAAUGUGUACUUCCCCUUAGGAAUCGAAAUUUCGAGAAGUUGUAGUUUCUGCAAAAACAGUUUAAAACGUAAUUGAAUCGUUAAUUGAAAUCACUUCACUACCUCACUCAUAUGCUUCUAAUAUUUCGUUACAAUCCCCAAUCACUAGACAUUACACAUGCAAAGAUCCGUAAAAUCGAGAGAGGUCAUCCUAUACAAGGGAUGUAGCGUCAACACUACAAGGGUUGUAAAGGUUCGUGAUGCAGCAAAUGAGAUUCAGAGGAAAUAAAAUCGGAUAAGGCAAUCUAAUUUCUGUCACAGUUGACUUAUUCUAAUGCAAAAAAAUGAUUUCUUCCAAAUUGAGACUAAACCUCCAGAAUUCCCAUGGGAGGGGCAAGAAAACCACUCAAAAUUUUCAUCUUUCCAAAGGGAGCUUAUGCUUUUAGGGUUAAUAUGAUCAAGGUUGGUUACUUGAGCAAAAACCAUGUCCAGAUUAUGAUGAUGGAUUAAUCUUCGAAGGGAAUUGCGUCUUAUUUUUGCCCCUAAUCCACUUAUAUUCCAAGAUAAUAUAAUCAUUGAGCAAACGAAAGUGAUGAAUGAGGAGAUGGGAGGAUUAUGCAGGCCCUUGGGUUUCACACCAAUUUGAUUAAUUUGAUUUUCGGAGCUCGAUGUUGUCCUCAAUUCUGACAUGUAAUACAGAGAGAGGGCCGUCGAAUUUUCAGCCAGAUUAUGGGCCAACUCCAUUGUGGAUCAGGCUGAAAUAUCAAAGGAGCUGGGUUGGGAGGUUUUGUCUCUUGGAAAUACGGUGUUUGGGUGAUUCGAGUUUCUUUUUUUGGAGUUUUUUGGAUCUGUUUUGAACAUGGGCCAUUUUGAUAUUUUAGGGAUUUCAUGUUCAAAAGCUCGUGGAAAUAAUGGGCCUGACAAAGAUGAGGAAGAAGUGGUGGAAUAGGAUGGCCUAAUAAGGCCUUGAAUAUGUUGUUCAAAGGAAUAUGUAAGGAGGCUUUUGGGCUUGGCGAAUUAGAUGGAGAAGGUUUGGGCUUAUUUGGGUAAUUUGGUUUGGCAUGAGGGUAGAGAGAGGUUUUGAUAUUAACGAGGUGUUGGUUUGAUUGAUGGAGGUUUCAUUGGGGGGGGGGG